AUGUCUACAAUCGGCGAGCUGGACCAUGGUGCACCUAUCUUCAAAGCUGUGUCGAGUUCCGCCAGACAGCUAUUCCAACUUCUUAACUGCAUACGUUUUGCACCAAAGGCUCAGGUGCAGAUCAGCAAUGAAGGACUUCGGUUCGCGGUAGAGGAAUCGAGAGUGAUGCAAGGGAUUGUCUUUCUCGAUAAAGCACUCUUCACCACCUUCAAUUGUACUCUUCCAGGACCGGAGCCUUCUGGCGAUGACCCUGAUUCUGCCACGGCCGACCUUCCAAACUUCUCUAUCUCUCUCUCCGCUCUCCUCGAGACUCUUCAAAUCUUUGGUGCAGCAGAUAUUGCCACUACUCGAUUCUCAAAGCCCGAUAGUGAUGCUUACGGGAGCAACAUCCGUCCCGGCCGUCCAAACGCUUUCAGCAACCAAGCUCUUGGCAUGGCAGGAGUGUGUCGACUGUCCUACGCCGGCAUCGGAUCACCCUUCAGUAUCAUUCUUGAAGAAUCGGGGGUGACGACGACAUGCAACCUCAACACAUAUGAACCAGAAGGUGCGGAGGAGAUCCCAUUUCAACGAGAUGCUAUGCAAGUGAAGAUCAUUAUGCAAGCACGUUGGCUUUUCGAUGCCGUCUCUGAACUUUCGUCGACAUCGCCCAGUCGGUUGGAUAUCACAGCUCAUACAGGCGCUCCGUAUCUAAGCCUCUCCGCUGCUGGGCCACUUGGCAGUGCUAGUGUUGAAUUCGCCAAAGGCAGAGACCUGUUGGAGACCUUUACCGUGGCUGAAAAGUGGACGCAGAGCUACAAAUUUGAGAUGAUCAAGGCAGCUGCAGAAGCUAUGAGGUUGGCGAGCAAGGUCAGCGUCAGGGGUGAUGAACAAGGUGUUUUGAGCUUGCAGUUUAUGGUUGAGGUUGAGGGGGGUGGGAUUAGCUUCGUUGAUUUCAGAUUUGUUCCCUUUAUCCGCGACGAGGAUGAGGAAGAUGAGGGUAGCAGCCAGGAGGAAGAAGAGGAUUACGAGGAUGAAGACGCUUGA